UCUUGAGCUGUGUUCAUUAUAUCCUCGCUCUUCCCUCAGAUCAUGGUCAAGACACAUCGUGUAAGAGGCGAUACCCAUUCUACAGAAUGGACACCAAUGGCACCAGAGAAUGCAUGGAGCGGUCUGACUAUCUGGAAAAAUAUUACCUUCCUACCAUGUAUGCUCUUGAGUUCAUCGUUGGUUUCACUGGAAACAUUAUUGUUGGUUUCGGUUCACUUUUCUGCUGGAAGAACUGGAAAAGUGGCAACAUCUACCUGAUCAACUUAACCCUGUCAGAUUUAGCUUUCCUUUGCACACUCCCAUGGCUGGUGUUAAGUUAUUCCAAAGGAACAGAUAACAGCACGUGGUGCCAAAUUAACAGAAUUAUCCUGCAUGCCAAUUUAUAUACAAGCAUCCUUUUCCUGACCUUUAUAAGUGUUGACAGGUAUCUGCUCAUAAAGUAUCCCUUCAGAAACCACUUUCUACAGAAGAAAGCCAUAGCCAUUGUUUUCUCAGUAGCCAUAUGGGUCUGGGUUAUCCUGGAACUGUCCCCCAUAUACUACUUCAUCAGCUUUCAGAAUAACAGCAAUGAUAGCCAGUGUGUGGAUUACGCAAGUUCAGGAGAUGCACACCACAGCCUGAUCUAUAGCCUGCUCUUGACCAUCACUGGGUUUAUAAUCCCGUUGUGCAUCAUGUGGAUGUUUUACAUAAAGACUCAUGCUCUCCUUACCAGCCACAGUUCACAGCUCACCACUGCUCUGCCUCUAGAGAAACCUCUCACAUUAAUCAUCAUGGCAGUGGGUAUCUUUUCACUUCUCUUUGCUCCCUAUCACAUCAUGCGCAAUGUUCGAAUUGCCUCUCGGGCAUCAUUCUGGAAGGUUUCUGAAUGCACACAGAACCUGAUUAAAGCUGUUUACACGAUUACGAGGCCUGUUGCCUUCCUGAACAGUGCAAUUAAUCCCAUCUUUUAUUUCUUAAUGGGAGAUCACUUCAGGGAGAUGCUCUUGAUCAAAGCAAGGUGUUGCUUAAAAAGAGUUCUACCUUGCUAUAAAUGAAGUUUCAAUGAAGACUUUGGACAGAUAGGGAACACAUUAAAUUGCUAGUUAAUGGGAUGCAACAUAUAAUUUUUAUUAAGAAUUUGCCAGUUGUCCAGGAACUUGUAUUGAAGUGGCUUCUGAAUGUGGACAUCAAAUUCUAUAGUUCUCUUCAAGCAUUUCUUCCAAGUGUGAAGUUCUGUGGCACAUAUUUGGAUCUUGUUGUGUGGGGAGAAGCUAAGACAGCGUCUGAAGCUUAAAGUGGCAUCAGUUUCGUCUGGUACAUCAGCAACAUCCUUUUCCAGAAAGAAAUACUCUUGAAAUGGUAUUCCAUACUCAGGGAACAUUCAAGCUGGAUUACUGUGGUGUAUUAUAUUGCAUGUGGGGCUGUCUCUGAAAAGAAAUUUAAAAUUGUGCAUAAUAUAGCUGCCAGAUUUAACUAGAGUGGAGACAUUUUAAAAAAUCUACACCCAAAGAGAUUGGGUGGGCAAUUUAUCUGAAUUUCUAUAUUGGAAAAAGAACUAAUCCAACCAAGGAACAGCACCCCAACU